GAAAAGAGGAUGCACGACAUCGAAACUACAAAGCGUGCUUCGCACUGAAUGGUCUUUUUUUUCUUACACAGGAAAAAAAAAAUAUCUCCCAUCUCUCUCUCUCUCAUAAACAGAGAAGAAGAGAGGAUAUAAAUAUUGACCACUAGAGAAAGAAACUCGCCGCUUGGUAGCAGUAAGCAGUAAGCACUAUAUCUCGAGCCGCACUAAGGCCUGGUGUAACCGCAACGGGUUAUGGUUGAGGUUGGACGGAUGGUUGCGGUUUUACGCGAUAUUCAUGAACAUUAUACUAUUGGUAUGCACCAUUUUGGCGCUUGGAUAAGCCACACCGUUUUCUAUGGUUUAAUAUCAUCAAGUUCUUCUGCGUGGACAGUGGAAGAAGAUACGAUGGACUACGGAGAAGAUCGUAGCCCCUCAUGGAAUUGGCGAAGUCAGUACUGUAAUAAUCACCAGCCGCAGUCUAGUUUCUCUGAUGUGACGGAGUGCACGAUGAUUGAAGUCACAUUAAACCAAGAAGAUCACUCGUACAUGUUCGAUGAUGAUGAUGAAUCCACCACCCCAGUGAAGGCCUGUAGCGAGUCGGGUUAUCAUCAUGUCACCACCUCAGAUCAAACGAUCAAGAAGCUGGAUGUCCCACGUCAGACACGCUCUGCUCUAAAGAGGCGUCGGAUGUUACAGUUCGAAGACCAGCCUAUGGAAACAUCCCACCUUUUCACCAGUGAGAGCUUCUCUUCAAUCUUAAGAUCAAGCGCUAGAGAGGAAACAUAUGAUGAGCUUUUACCCGAAGGAUCUCAGCUUAUAGAAGAUGCUUCUGCGUCAAGCAUCGAGGGCCUUGAUGAUCUGUAUGCUGACGAGUGGUAUGUUGACUGCUUAAAUGACCCUGAGGCUCCAACCCUACCUGAUGACUUAAGCUUUGGUUCCCCUGAUGUCCAUGUAGAUAUUUCAGAGUAUCUAAACCUCCCACCAGAAGCAGAAACCAAUGAAGUUAAACGACCUGUGACUCGUUCUUCUCCAGAUGUUAUCUUCAAAGGUAGAAAAUCUCUUGCAAGGCUAGCGUCUUCUGUCAUCUAUCCGUUUUCAUUCAUCAAACCAUGUGGGGUUGAUGGAGACAUGACUCUCAAGGACAUCAACCAGAAAAUUCUAACUCCACCAUCGAAACCAAAGGAAAACAAAGCAGAGACACUGAUCCAAACUUCAGCCUUCUCUGGGAAACCUGUCGUUGGAAAGACUAAGAUCCGCACAGAAGGUGGUAAAGGAAGCAUCACGGUAACGAGGACUAGAGGCUAAAGCUAUAAUAAGUUAAGAGUAGAAAGUAUUUUUUAUGUUUUUAAACAUUUUGCCUUGUUCUCAGAGGCCCUUAAAAAUCAUGUUCUUGUUUCAUUUUGGUAUAUUUAGGCCAUGUUCGUUUGCUCACCUAGGUGAUCCAUCUGGGUGAAGAUGCAAAUUGAUGUUCGUUUUGUGCAUUAUAAUGGUACAUCCAGAUGGAUCACCCA